CUAUAGUCUAUCGUUAUCCUCUCUGUCUGUAUUGAUAAAAUUUAAGGUUUGCUUGUACAAGUUGUGUUUACAUAUAUACAGAUAAACAUUUGUGAUAUGCUCGACCGACAUUUUAAAUGUCACACAUGUUGUUGUACAGGCCUAUAACAGGUACAUUUUAUGAGAACGACUGUGUGCCGCAUGUGCUUGGAUAACAGCUUGCAAGAGAAUCGAAAUGCCUGAGAAUUUUGAGCUACCCAUAGUCGAUAUGGCAAAAGCCAAAAGCCACAGACAGGAAUUAGCAAAGAGUGUUGUGCAUGCCCUGGAGAACACAGGCUUUUUGUUUAUCAACAAUGUUAAAGGUGUUGACUUUGAUCAACUGUACAAGUGUUGUCAGUGGUUUUUCACACAACCAGAAGAAGUGAAAAAAGGUCUGCUUCGGAAAAUUUGGAAUUCCGAAAACCCCAACAUUUAUCGAGGAUAUUUUCCUGUAGGGAAAGACGAGCCAAGUAGAAAGGAAGGGUUUGAAUUUGGAAAAGAUAUUGAACCCAAUGACCCAGAGGUUGCACCAGGUAAUUGGUUUUAUGAACCAUCAGUUUGGCCAAAAGAAGAUGGCAGCUUCCCUUUCAAAACAUUCCUGUUGGAUACCUACGAGGUUUUGCACCAACUGUCUCUGGAGAUUUUACGACUCACGUCAAUCGGUCUUGGAAUUGAUGAGUUUUCAUUUGAUGAAAUAUUUUCCAAACGGCCUUGUUCUACAUUCCGCUUGAUCCAUUAUCCACCUUGGAAUGGAAACCCACCACCGAAUGCUCGGAUUGAGGAUGGGAAAGUCGUAACGACCCCGGACCACACAGACUCCAACUUUCUCACCCUGCUGACAACAUUUAACUACAAAGGUUUGGAGGUGCUCACGACAGAUGGAAAGUGGGCAGAGAUUGAGCCACGUCCUGGGAGUCUCAUCAUGAACAUCGGGGAUGUCUUUUCACGCAUGAUGGGAGGGCGCUUCAAAGCAACACGACACCGAGUGAUUGACAUCGGAGUUGAUAGAUUCUCGAUUCCGUUUUUCUUGGAGCCACGGUAUGAAGGAGACAUUGGUUUGAAUUUCAUGACCAAGGCUACAGGAAAGGGAGAAGAGCACAUUGUCGAGGAAUAUGGACCUUGGGCAAUCUACCAGAUGAAACAUCUUAAAAAGUAUUUCGAGUAUAGGACUUUGACAGAAUUUUAAAAGGGGAAUGUACCAUUAUUGGUGAUGAUAUAUAAUGUAAUUUUACGUUACUCAGAAAGAAAGUAUUUUGGUGUUAUAUAUUCAGGUCUGACCCUUUCAUUCCUAUGUAACUUUAGUAGACUCUACCAUGCAUUGAUCUUGACGUGUUCAUUAUUGUCUACAGUGGUGAAAGGGUUAAGGAUAACAUACUUCUGGGGAUGCACGUUUUACCAUGAUGAUUAGAAGAGAUUUAAGUGGUUAUGGACACCGUUUUUCUGCAAUUUAUUUCACCUUUUAUAACAUUCAAGAACAUUAUCUGCCAUGUUGGCUUUGAUAAAUGGAAGAGCUUUACAGAUUUUUGUGACACCCCGAUAGCUUUAUUAACAUAACAAGAGGUUGUUAAAUUAAUAAUGACUAGAGAUUAUAUUUGUUGCGCAAAUGGUUGCUUCCUUUCAUAUACAUCUUAUUCCUAGCUGCUCAGUAGUAAAUAAUGCAUUUUGUUCACGAGAAAAAUAAAUUUAACGCUUAUUUGACCUUUAUCACAUUGACUUUACAUUAGAACACUAUGUAUGUUAUUUUGUGCAAUGGAUAAUCCUGAAUUCCUGAACAAGAUAUGCUGAACAGCUGAAAUAUUAUGCCAGAACAAGAUUUUGAUGAAAUUCAAAACAAUCUCAACUCAACUGACAUUUUGCCUUAAGAUAAAAUUUGAAGUGACCAAUUAGAGUACAUUUUGGGUGUUUGAUAAGAGUUCCGACGCACCAUCUGUGGGUGACUAAUUUGUAGUACAGGGCAUACCUUCUAUGAGUGAAUUGAAUUAUAUUACAAGACGCACCUUCUGUGGGAGAUUAUAAUUAUAUUACACGACGCACCUUCUGUGGGAGAUUAUAAUUAUAGUACACGACGCACCUUCUGUGGGUGAUUUUAAUUAUAGUACACGACGCACCUUGUGUGGGAGAUUAUAAUUAUAGUACACGACGCACCUUCUGUGGGUGAUUUUAAUUAUAUUACACGACGCACCUUCUGUGGGAGAUUUUAAUUAUAGUACAUGACGCACCUUCUGUGGAAGAUUUUAAUUAUAGUACACGACGCACCUAUGUGGAAGAUUUUAAUUAUAGUACACGACGCACCUUCCGUGGGAGAUUUUAAUUAUAGUACACGACGCACCUUCUGUGGGUGAUUUUAAUUAUAUUACACGACGCACCUUCUGUGGGUGAUUUUAAUUAUAGUACACGACGCACCUUCUGUGGGUGAUUAUAAUUAUAGUACACGACCCACCUUGUGUGGGAGAUUAUAAUUAUAGUACACGACGCACCUUCUGAGGGAGAUUUUAAUUAUAGUACACGACGCACCUAUUGUGGGAGAUUAUAAUUAUAGUACACGACUCACCUUGUGUGGGAGAUUAUAAUUAUAGUACACGACGCACCUUGUGUGGGAGAUUAUAAUUGUGGGAGAUUAUAAUUAUAGUACACGACUCACCUUGUGUGGGAGAUUAUAAUUAUAGUACACGACGCACCUUGUGUGGGAGAUUAUAAUUAUGGUACACGACGCACCUUGUGUGGGAGAUUAUAAUUAUAGUACACGACGCACCUAUGUGGGAGAUUAUAAUUAUAGUACACGACGCACCUUCUGUGGGUGAUUAUAAUUAUAGUACACGACCCACCUUGUGUGGGAGAUUAUAAUUAUAGUACACGACGCACCUUCUGAGGGAGAUUUUAAUUAUAGUACACGACGCACCUUGUGUGGGAGAUUAUAAUUAUAGUACACGACUCACCUUGUGUGGGAGAUUAUAUUUAUGGUACACGACGCACCUUGUGUGGGAGAUUAUAAUUAUAGUACACGACGCACCUAUGUGGGAGAUUAUAAUUAUAGUACACGACGCACCUUCUGUGGGUGAUUAUAAUUAUAGUACACGACCCACCUUGUGUGGGAGAUUAUAAUUAUAGUACACGACGCACCUUCUGAGGGAGAUUUUAAUUAUAGUACACGACGCACCUUGUGUGGGAGAUUAUAAUUAUAGUACACGACUCACCUUGUGUGGGAGAUUAUAUUUAUGGUACACGACGCACCUUGUGUGGGAGAUUAUAAUUAUAGUACACGACGCACCUAUGUGGGAGAUUAUAAUUAUAGUACACGACGCACCUUCUGUGAGUAAUGCAGAUAUUCUUAAAGUGUCAUCUCACCAUGAAUGUCAUAAAUGUAACAGGAUGGGAGCAAUAUAUUUUUUAGGAACUGGAAGUUUGACCGGAAGAACAAGUAAAUAAUAUGACCCCUUUAUUUAAAGGGAGAUGGUUAUGAUCAAGACUUAUUGUCGUUUUUAUAAUAUAGCUACUGAUUGCAUAUAUAUUAAAAUAUGUUCGGUUCGCCAAGCUUUAUUUUGUAUUGUUGACUCUGUUGUCCCAGUAGGGAACAAAAUAAAUCGCUAUGCAAUAUGAAUUAGGUUAAUUUUGGCCAAAUCAUUGCUGUGUUAUCAUUCCGCUUGAUCCAAGUUGUUCUGUAUUAGAACUCGGGUAGAUGCAUAAUCCCUAAGUAUCCUGCCUAGCUGAUAUAGUGAUUAAAUAUUGUCGUAUUACAUUAUGUGAGCUUGAAGCUCACUUACAAUAGAGCUGUUUUCUGCUAUGUAAAUGCAGGGUUGGGGUGGUGUGGGGUGGUCGGCAUGUUACAAUAACCACUCUACAGUUUACAGGAACUCAGUCUUCAGUACUGGAGUUUGUCUUAGGAGCCAUAACGCCUAAGUCAAGAUUUCUUAUUGAGUUUUAACACAUGAAAGCCUAUCUUUUUAUCAAUGUUAUGACACUUACCUACUAUGUACAAUCAAUACCAGAGAGGCCAAUGUGUAGAAAUCUUCAAAUGACUUCUACUUAACCAUGAGGCCAUGCGUAGUCAUGUUUGACAUUAUGUUGCUGGGGUGAGGUGAUAACGUGUGGUUUAUACCCUGAUCUCCCACAUUCAAAGUCACAGGCCCAUAAGGUAAGUUCUUCAAACAACUCUAAAUGAACCACAACGCUUGAAUAAGGAUAUGUGGCCUGUAGCUUGAAAGGUUGGUUGGAACCAUGGACCGAAUUGGAAACUUUUGCCGAUUCAAAAGAUGUAUGAUUUUUAAUGAACAAUCUUUACCGUAAUGUCCCCUUAGCUACCCUUGGACUUACAGUGUUUCAAGCUAUAUUUAAUGAAAAUCCGCUCAGAUACUCUAUACAAGUAGCUUUUACACUAAAAAUAUUAUCACUGACAUCAUGUUUGUUAAUAAAAAGCAUAAAGACAAAGUGUGAAAAAUGGUUUUAUUAUCAAGGUUAUGAUAAUGAUAUCACAGUCAAAAAUGUAAUCAAAUUCAAUAUACAGUAAUAGAAGCUAUCUACAGAGUAAGCUUCAGUGAUUAUUUUACUCUCAAAGCUGUUAAAGCUUGGUGCACAUGAGGGGUGGGCUGGACGUUCCAUAAAUACAUCAUAUAUCCGGUAUAAUUUUGACAUAUGGUAUAAAUGCAUUUCGAAUCAUUCUUACAAAAAAAUACUACAGGUUAAUUUCAAUUGUCAUUAAUAAUUGUGUACAUAAUAAAAUCAUAAUUCAAUAUUCUUAGUCCUAAGUUUGCCUGGAGCAUUCAAACCUAUCUAAAUCAAAUAUACUUCAUGUGUCAUCCUUCAAAUUUAAUCAAACUUAAGUUGAUCAAAAUUUUAAUUAUCUGGAGCAAUCAUUUAUUUAGAAACAUUUAAACAAAGCUUCUGGUUUCCCUAUUAAUCUUUAGUACUUGAAUUGAACACAAUCAGGAAAAUGUAUGUAUGUUUAAAAAUUAAAAAA